AUGCCUUGUCUUCCCUCUGCUCUGUCGGAGGUUUUCCCACCGACGACAAAGUUCACGGCAGAAGAUGUGCCAGAUAUGACCGGCAAAGUCGUCGUCGUCACCGGGGGCAACGCUGGGAUAGGAAAGGAAUGCACAAAGAUAUUACUACGCAAGAACGCGAAAGUCUACAUCGCAUCGCGCGAUGAAGCUAAGGCUAAGCGGGCUAUCGAGGAGCUCAAGGAGAUUACUGGGAAGGAAGCCCUCUUUCUGCAAUUGGAUCUGGCCAACUUGCGGAAGGUUAAGGCGUCAGCAGAGGAGUUUUUGACAAAAGAGAACGAAUUGCACGUGCUCUUUAACAACGCGGGCGUCAUGAACUGUCCAGUUGACUAUCUUACCGACGACGGCUAUGAUAUGCAAUUCGGGACGAACGUCAUUGGCCACUUCUACUUCACGAAGUUACUUCUUCCAAUUCUUCUCUCCACUGCAGAGAAGGUACCAAGAGGAGACGUCCGCGUUGUCAACGUAGCGUCUAACGGGCACAUGAUGAGCGACAUCAACAUCGACACGUUCAAAGACUCGCCCGGGAGGCGUAAGCGAAGCACUAUGAUGCUUUAUGGGCAGAGCAAGACUGGAAAUAUCCUCUUUGCAAACGAACUUGCUCGUAGAUACGGCGAACAGGGGAUUGUUAGCACCUCGUUGAACCCGGGUGCCAUUAAGACGGAGCUGCAGCGCCACAGCGGCACGUUUUUCAAUGCGGCGAUAAAUGUUAUUCUGAGUGAUGUCUCAUUUGGCCCGCUCACGCAGCUUUAUGCUGGUACAUCUCCAGAGACAGCGUCAAUGAAUGGAAAGUACUUUAUCCCUUGGGCACGAGUCGGAACGCCCGCUAAACAUGCUCAAGACGCGAACAGCGCAGCGAGAUUGUGGGAGUGGUUGGAGGAGCAGGUGAAAGACAUAUGA